CCAGCGCCGCCCCAUUGCGCAGGCGCCGCCCCUCGGCCCGCAUGCGCACCCAGUGCGGCGCGGCCUGAGGAAAUUUCCUUACACUCCCUCUGCAGCAGGCUCCAGUUUCUCCUCCUAUCUUCUCCGUUUUACUAGUCCCUGCAGGAUUUCACUAGAGUACUAUUGGGAGAAAGUAUCAUGGAAGUUCUGCGCCCACAGCUUAUAAGACUUGGUGGACGGAUUUACAGAAAAAAUCCCAUCCAAGAACAGACUUAUCAACAUGAAGAAGAAGAUGAAGACUUCUAUCAAGGCUUCAUGGAGUGUGCAGAAGAGCCCUGUGAUGCCUACGAGGUGGUGCAGACCCAGCAAGGUUUCCGGUGUACCGUGAAGGCCCCCAGCCUGCUCUACAAGCAUAUAGUUGGAAAGAGAGGGGACACUAGGAAGAAACUAGAAGUGGAAACCAAAACUUCUAUUAGCAUUCCUAAGCCUGGACAAGAAGGAGAAAUUGUAAUCACUGGACAGCAUCGAAGUGGUGUUAUUUCAGCCCGAACUCGGAUCGAUGUUCUUUUGCUCACUUUUAGAAGAAAGCAGCCCUUCACUCACUUCCUUGCCUUUUUCCUCAAUGAAGUUGAGGUUCAGGAGCGAUUCCUGAAGUUCCAAGAGGAAGUACUGGAGAAGUGCUCCAUGGAUCAUGGGGUUGAUAGCACCAUUUUCCAGAAUCCCAGAAAGCUUCACCUAACUAUUGGAAUGUUGGUACUUUUGAGUGAGCAAGAGAUCCAGCAGACGUGUGAGAUGCUACAGCAGUGUAAAGAGGAAUUCAUUGAUGACAUUUCUGGGGGCAAACCCUUAGAGGUAGAGAUGGCAGGGAUAGAAUACAUGAACGAUGAUCCCGGCAUGGUGGAUGUUCUUUAUGCCAAAGUCCAUAUGAAAGACGGCUCCAACAGGCUGCAAGAAUUAGUCGAUCGAGUGCUGGAACGUUUUCAGGCAUCUGGACUAAUAGUGAAAGAGUGGAAUAGUGUGAAACUCCAUGCUACAGUCAUGAACACUCUAUUCAGGAAGGACCCCAAUGCUCUUUGAGAACUUCUACUUUGGCACCCUGAAGCUCAAUUCCAUUCACAUCUCUCAGAGGUUCACGGUAGACAGCUUUGGGAACUACGCCUCCUGUGGGCAAAUUGACUUCUCCUGAGGAGGAUCUUGGGAAGCGCCAAAAAUUGAACAUCCUCCCGAGGUGCCAGGGGAAAGAAGAUCUUAGUUUUUAUUGCCAAUGAGGGAUGUGGAAAUUUGGAUGGUGACUUUCCUGGGUGGUUCCCCACAACACAGCAUGGUCUCUAAUAUAAUACUUCUCCACAGUCAGCAAACUGCCGGUCAGCCCAGGUGGUUGUGGGCACAAGGGGAACUUGUGUCUGGAACCCUUGGCCUGUUCCUCUUUCACAGGGUCUACUUUCUUUCUGAAGCUCUUCUCUGGAAACGUACCUCUCAAGCCCACUGGAGCUAAGAUUCGCAUUAUUUCUUACACACAUACUGAUUUUGCCCCAGCCGUUAAGCUCUUUCAUAUUAACACUUUAAAAGAGAGUUUUAUUUUUUUAUUUUUAUUUUUUAAUAUAUGAAAUUUAUUGUCAAAUUGGUUUCCAUACAACAGCCAGUGCUCAUCCCAAAAGAUGCCCUCUUCAAUACCCACCACCUACCCUCCCCCCCCUCCCCCCCCCCCCCCCCCCAUCAACCCUCAGUUCUCAGUUUUUAAGAGUCUCUUAUGCUUUGGCUCUCUCCCACUCUAACCUUAAAAGAGAGUUUUAAAGACAUGGUUUCAUUACCGUCUCCACGUAAAUCGAAUGUCUCCAGUUUUAACCAGGUUUGAUUUUUACUUCCCUUUGUACUGUGACUUUUAAUCACUACCCAGAAUUCCUUUGUGGUAAAAAACACACGACAUUAAGUUUACCAUCUUAACCAUUUCUUUGUAAGUAUGUAGUUCAGUAGUAGUAAGUAUAUUCAUGUUGUUGUGAAACAUCUCCAGAACUUUCUCAUCCUGCAAAUCUGAAACUAUACCCAUUAAACAACUCUCCGUGUCCCCCUCCCCCAAGUCUCUGGCAGCCACCCUUCUGCUUUCUCUUUCUAUGAGCUUGACUGCUUUAGAUACCGCAUAUGAGUGGAAUCAUACAGUAUUUGUCUUUUUGUGACUGGCUUAUUUCACUUAGCGUGACGUCCUCAAGGUUCAUCCACGUUGUGUAGUGCAUGUCAGAAUUUCCUCCCUUUAAGAAAGGCCAAAUAAUAUUUUGUUUUACAUGUACCCUGUGUUUUGUUUAUCCAUUCAGCCACCAAUGGAUGCUUGGGCUCCUUGACUGUCAUGAACAGUCCUCUGUGAACACGGCUGUACAGAUACCUCUUCCUGAUCCUGCUUUCAGUUCCUUUACUACUCAGUUUUAUCUUCAGCGAAAUAACAUCACGUUUUUUGUUUUUUUUUUUUUUUUGAUCUUUUACUUUGGUCUGUCCUUUUUCUUCUGAAGUUGGUACCCUUUUAUGUUUGUUGGAUUCCUGUUCCUUAUCCUACCCCCCCACCCCCAGCCUUCCCAGGCCAGUGAUGGAGUUGCAGUAUCGUAGCUCCUUUGUGUCAACUCCGCGGGGCAGCAGCAGUAGAAACGGCGAUGGCAUCAGCAGGGCCGUGCACAGUUCCACGGGGCAGAGUCAGCUGCGGAAGGACCGUCUCCCUUCCUUGCUCCAGCCUCGCUCUCACCUUCCUCUCCCCAUUUCUUCUCCCUCCGUGUCCCCUCUUUCUCUUUCCUUCAUUCCUUACUCUUGAUUCUUUCUGUUUGAAAAGUGUGAUUCUGAACCCUGUGCAUUAAGGCCACUACCUAGUAAGGGCUGUGUAGAACACUCAGGUUUGCUUAUCAGUGCGACUGCCCAGAUCACUUGUGAAUAAAUGAAUUUCCAGAGUUACUGUUUUUCUUUCACUCUUACACAGUUUUAGUUUGACUCCCUUAGUCAACGUAUAUGUCAGGACACGGUGUUGCCAUCACUUAGUGGCUGGCAUAGCCGUUAACCGUUCCUCCAGAACUUACAUGUUCGUGCCUGCAGGGUUGGUUUUUCCCCAAACACUUAGUAACAUGAGAUUUUAUCUCGUUUACCUUCAGUGGUUGGAUGGCGCGGUGUGCACGGUGCAACGAGUUCUCCCAGAGAUUGUGCUGCAUAGCAACGUUGACAGUGGAGUUUGGUGCCCUCACCUCAUCUCCGCGCAUCUCUCUUACGGCCUUCUUUCUGCCACCCGCCACUGGGCAGCCUUGCCCAGGAAGUAAAGAUGUCUUGUUUUGUUUUUAA